AACAUUUAAUCCACAUUCUACGCUGCUGAUGAAAUAAAAGUGAGGUAAAUACUUAUAUCGAAAGAGAAACUUGAUAUUUGUGGAAGGUCCAGUUGAGAGGAAUUACCUUGUACAAUGGCCGAGAGUGAGAGAGGCGACCUUACAUCGGUCAAAGACGGUUCAGAUGCUGACUUUGACAUCGUCUGUACUCCAUGUGGGGAAGACAACAUCAGAGAGGAAGCUGUCAAAUAUUGUCCGGAAUGUCAGGAAUAUCUUUGCAUAACAUGUACAAGACACCAUGGACGGCAAAAGAUUACACGUUCGCAUAAGCUGCUAGACAGAAAUGCUGCCAAGCAAGCGUCUGUUGUUUCCAUGACAACAAAAUGCCAUUACCAUCCAGAUCGGGACAUCGAGAUGUAUUGUGGAACUCAUGACAUGGUCUACUGCACAAAGUGUAUUGCCACAGAACAUAGGGCCUGCAGUGGAGUGUCUGGUAUAGAAGAAAUGAAGACAACUUCCGUUCAACAACAGGAGGUAGAACGGUUACAGAAUGACACGAGAAACAUUCAAGAGCGUUUAGCAGAUACUGAUAAGAAGACAAAGAAAAACAUCGAUUGCAUUGAAGAGCAAAGAGAUGGCAUACUUACCAAAGUCGAGGAAGUCGAGAAGAGCUUGAUAGAACAUAUCCGGAAAUUAAAACGUGAAGCCAUGGAUACUGUGAACAAGGACUAUACUUCGGUCAAAGAAGAACUGAAGUCUAAUAUCACCCUGAUUGCAAAUAUGAAAAAGGAAAUAGAGAAUGCAAGUAGCCAGUUUCAAACAUUUACCAGUAUGGAUGUGGGACAGCAAUUUGUUCAGAUGAAACUGAUACAACAGACUGUAAAUGAUGCAGUAAAAUUGGUUGAAGACAGCGAGGCAAAAGGUAGUAAAGCUUUAUGUUUUACAGAAAAUACAGAUUUAAAGACUUCAAUUAUGACAGCAACAUCUUUUGGACAUGCGAAUACUGUUACGGAAAAUGAAUGUGAAACUGCCCAAAGAGUAUAUAAGGUGAAAUCAAAGCAGGAGAUAAAUAUCAAGAUGCAAAACGACAUGUACACGUGUUAUAUAUCUGAUGUAUGUCAGCUACAGGACGGUACGAUCAUACUGGCUGACUGCGAUAAUACGAAGAUUAAGAGGCUUGAUAUAAAUUACAACAUCAAGGAUCACUGUGACCUAGGUGGCUGUCCCAGGGGUAUCUGUUGCACUGGUCAGAAUGAAAUCGCUGUGAAAAUGGAUAACAACAAGGUUCAGUUUGUAUCAGUCGGCAGUUCAUUGUCUAAGUUAAAAGAUAUAUCUAUAGAAGGUGGAGGCUAUUUUGGAAUGGCCUACUGUGCUGGAGAGCUGUGGAUAUCUACCGGACUGACUGGUGUCAAUGUCUACAGUACAUCCGGUACUCUACUGAAAACUAUUAGCAAAGAUAUCAAUGGUCGGAAAAUAUUUAAAUCGUAUACUCAACAUAUGGCAGUAAGCGGGGAAACUGUUAUCGUAACAGACUACAGUGAUGGCGCCGUCUGUCUGGGAAGAGAUAACACGGUACAAAAAGAAUUGAGGGACGGAAGACUUGUCAACACAGAAGGCGUGUGUGUAUCUAGUGAUGGAACCGUGUUCCUGGCUGGAUACAGUUCACAAAAUAUUGUGAUGUUUGAUAAGAAUGGGCAAUGCCUCGGGGAGUUGGUAGCCAAAGACGCUGGUCUGACCAAUCCAGUUGCAUUGAAAUAUGACGACAAAAGGAAUUGUUUAAUUGUAACAUGUGCUUCUUCUGGCAAACUAGUCGUUUUUAAUAUUUCUGCUUAAAUUUACAUGUUCUUUGUACUUAGGCUAAUCACGAGGAUAACUGCAACUGCAAUGACAGUUAAGCGUUAUGCACAGGGUUAUAUCAUUUAAAUAAAUUAUCAGCGCUCCAUUUUUAAUAAAUCAAAAAGCCAGAUGUAUUAAGUUUGGUAAACAGAAAAACAUCAGUGUCUCGUGUCCUUCUCGCUUUAAAUAUGACAAAAAUAUAUGAGUUUUAUUACCUUAAUUACAUAUAAAAUGUCUUCAGUCAGCGGAAACCUGUGAACUUGGAACACGUGUUGUAGCUCAUUUCAUACGCAACUCAUAGCGAGCAUUUACAAACUUCUACAUGUCGAAUUCGAUACUAAUUUACCAACAAUCAUUUUAUUUAAAACUGGCCAACUUUCCAGACUUUAAGCGUCCCUUUAUUAAUGAAACAAUCAUUACCAAGUUUUAUUCUUUGCAAAAAUAAGCGUUUUUAUUUCCGAGAAUCUUUUGUUGAAGCGCUAUAUUGUACGGUGUCCCGAUAGGGUCAUUGUACUGUCUUACUGUCGAACCCUACCUGCAGAGAUAAGAGCUAAACUACGAUAACUCUAUACAACAGAGACAGUGAUACAUUUAUAUCAAAUAAUCGUAUCGUAUUUUGUGCUGUCGCAUCAUAUUGUCAUGGUAUCGAUGUGUCGCGAUCCUUAGUACGACAUUAAUAUGGCGCCACAGCAUCUUGUUGUCAUGGUCCGAUCAGACGACGGUACGAUAUCGCGUUAUGGUUAGACGUUAGACAUAUACAAUAACAAUAACAUAGUAGAUUAAGGUUACAUACUUAUUAAUACAAUGGUUCAGAAAAAGUCAGUUUUGUCAAGGGUAUAGAAUUGGGUGAAAUACCUAGCUCGUCCUCCAUUGUACAUUUUUUUCGCAUGUUUGACUGGUACGCGAUAACACGAUAUUAAUGUUGUACCAUACUGAUGCCAGUGUCACCAGGACAACAUGAUGCUGUUGUUCAAUAUUAAUGUUGUACUUUGACCGCAAGACUACGACGCGACAGCACGUCAAUACGAGUCGAUAACGCGAUAUUAAUAUCGUGCUGCCGUAUCAUGUUGUCGUGCUGUCGAAUCGGGUCAUCGCGAUGUUGUAUUGUAUUAUCGUAAUAACGCCGAACAGGGGUCGACAUUGCGACAGUGUGAUGGUCCUAUCAGAACACUGUAAUAACGCAACAAGAUUACCAAUUCAGUGUUAAUGUACGUGAGAGUCGCCAAAAUUAUGUGGACAUGUUUUAGGGCCCCAGUAUUGUAAGCUUACAUUUUUAUUACACCGACCUCACUUACAUAAGCGUUUUGCAACGUUGAAAUCAACUAUUUGUUUUAUAAUUCUGAACUAUUUAGUCAUCCUUUAACGUCGUGCUGACUUUUAAGAAUACUUGGAAUUCGUUACCGACGAGCGAGUCUCCGUAUCUCCAAGAGUUUUAUUUAUGUAUAAAAUGUUUCGAAAGUAAUGCACUAACUAUAAUAGCGCAUGCGUGCUAAAUAAUAUGAAAUGAUACCUUGCAUGAAAUCAGUUUUGGUUAUUUCAUGACAUUUUUUUAAAAAACUUACCCGCAAUUCCUUCUAUGGCAUAUUUAUAUUCAUAAACAUUAGAACUUUGUACCUUGUACCAAAGGUAUAGCAAAUAGUGAUAGCUAUUUCAUAAGUUUUAGCUCAAACUCAGCAAGAAGUGCUUAUGGUGAGCUUUUAGGAUCAUUAAAUAUUCGU